GAUGAGCGUGAGAAGAGGCCGCGAGCAAAAUGCAGCAGAACAUCAUCAUCUUAGUUCACAUUUAUGCGAUCUUACUGCUAAUAGGAUGUACUGAAGUUAGAGACCACAGGAGCAGAGAUUUAGAAGAUGCAUUGCCGAUAGCAGACAUGAAGUUUACUGUGGAGGAUCAUCAUCAUUUCUACCCUGACGAACCUCCACCACCACCGGGGCCAUCUUUGUUACACAAUGAGUUGAAUAUGGAGGAGGAGGGCUUUAUUCCAAUAUUAGAACAAGUGCGCGAAAUAAAAGUGAGACGUUUAAAGCGAGCAGUGACAGCUCUGAAACACCGAUUAUGGCCAAAUGCAACUGUGCCUUAUAUCAUGAACUCUAAUACAACAGACUCAGUCAAAAUCAACAUCUAUGCAGCAAUGGCACACUGGGAGGAGCACACGUGUAUCAAGUUUGUACCGAGGACCACGGAGAAAGAUUAUAUAGAGUUCGCCCCUGGCAGAUGUGGGUGUUGUUCAUAUGUUGGUCGUCAAACCGACCAAGGACGCCAAUUUGUGAAUAUCUCUGAAAACUGUGGAGUGUUUGGAGUGAUUGUUCAUGAGCUAGGACAUACAAUCGGAUUCUGGCAUGAACACAGCAGACCGGACAGGGAUAAAUACAUCCGCAUAAUUGUGGAAAAUAUUAAGCCAGGUCGGAUGGAGAAUUUUUAUAAGAAAUCUGAUAUGGAUAUUGACUCACUGGGGCAGCCAUAUGAUUACAACUCAAUAAUGCAUUAUAGGAAGACCACCUUCACCAGCAAUGGAAGGAACACCAUGGAACCAGUUGUCGAGCGUGUCUACAUCGGCCAGAGAGUCAGUCUGAGUAAAGGGGAUAUCGUUCAGGCCAACCUGCUUUAUAACUGCCCGAAACCCAACUGCAAUAUUGAAUUUCAUGAGAGCAAAGGCAACUUCUCCUCUCCCAAUUACCCCAUGUAUUAUUACAAGGAGCACACAUGUACAUGGGUUGUCCACACACCGAAAGGUCAUUCCGUCAAACUGAACUUCCAAGACUUCCAGCUGGAAAAGUCCGAUAACUGUACAUUUGAUUUUAUCGAGCUGCGACUGGGUACGAGCAAGAAGGGCAAGCCUCUAGGUCGACUGUGUGGAGUGGGCCAACCAGGGAUCAUCAAGGCCUGGGACAGCAUGUGGAUACAUUUCUCUAGCGAUUCUUCCAUCAUGCUCAAGGGGUUCAAGGCUUCCUUUGAAAUAGCACCAGACGACAUCAACCUUGGUGAUCCACUGAUGAUGGCAGAUGAUUUCGAACCAGAAGGUAGCGGCAGUGGAGCAGGGUAUACCAAGGCGAGCUUUGACCCUAAAAGUCACAAGUUUGAAUACGAAACAGAUUGUCAUCAAACACUCAGGUCACAACAUGGUACUAUUGAGUCUCCACUUGCUCUGGCAAUGUCUCCCUCAGCCGUGGAGUGCAGGUGGACCAUUUCAGCGGGACCAGAAGCCAGUGCCAUCUAUCUGAAGAUAGAUCACAGUUACAGUCGCGUUGAAGGAGAAUCGUGUGUUGGAAUCAUUCGAAAGAGAACGAAAUACAGGAAGAAGUUUAACACACCAGAUGUGUUUGAUGGGCAAGGUGUUAAUUUAGAAAGCUACGAGCCUCAUCCAUAUGACUGUGGCGCCCCCAAUGGUGAUAAGAUACAACUAAACACAACCGAGGCUGUCAUCAUGUGGUCUUCCAAGUAUCAUUAUGGAUUCAAGCUCAGUUAUGUCAUAGAUUACAAUGAGUGCCGCAUGAACCAGUCUCUGUGUGACCACAAGUGUGUCAACACAAUCACAGGGUACCGAUGUGUCUGCCAGUCAGGCAAUAGACCAGAUAAAGACCAGAUAAAGUGUCUGCCGAAAAGGAUAGAAUAUGCUGAUAAAUGUCGCUCGACACUGCGGGACAUCCGUGGUAAGAUCCACCUUGAAAACACACAGUUUGAAGAGUGUGGAUUUGAGAUCAAUCUACCGGCACACUACAGGAUAUUUCUGACUUUCUCACAGUUCAAUAUCCCAUACACAGAGAACUGUACCAAACACUUCAUGAUGGUCUAUUCUGGUAGCGAACAUAAUACCAAAGGUCGCUACUGUGGUACAGAAAGCCCCGGAGUACUGACAACACCAAACGGCUACAUCGGGAUCAGAAUUCACGUGGACUUGCAGGAUAUACCACACAUGCCCUACUUCACAGCAAGUUAUAUAGCUCACCAGACGUACGACAAAGAGGCCUGUUUCCACCGUCUUCGGGGUGGAGGGAACUUCACAUCGCCAAAGUUCCCCUCAAAAUACCACUCUCAUACUCUCUGCAUCUGGAAGCUGACCGUGCAUGGUGACCACGUGGUGAGGUUACACUUUAACGUGCUGGAUGUUGAGCGUACAAAGUUGUGCCAUUACGAUUACGUGGAGGUACGCGACGGAAGGAGGCGGACAUCCCCGUUCAUUGGACGAUUCUGUGGGAAGGAGAUUCCAGAAGACGUCUUGUCAACAGGCAAACAUAUGUGGGUGAUGUUUAUCAGUGAUGGAUCACAUUCUGGACGUGGAUUCUCAGCUGAAUUCAUGCCGCAUAAACUCAAUACCACUAGCAAGACCAAUCCCGAUGCUACAAGUCACCAUGGCAACCACCGAAAUCCAAAGAAAGAGUCGCAGGAGGAUGCAAAUAAUUGGCAUCUCAAAACAAAUAGGUACGAGAUGAGUACACAGGAGACAUCUACGGAGGAGUCAGAGGUAACUGAGCAGACACCAGUUACCACGGUGACAGAGCCAGUUACCAUGGUAACAGAGGCAGCAGAAGUCACAGUCACUGACUCAAAGAAGGAGGGAAGGAGAAGAAGAAACAGAGUGUCAAAGGGGUCAACUAGAAAAGUUACUACGGUAUCUAAUGAAGAUGUUACCAUAGCAACAGGGAGUCCUGGGGACAUUGUGACGACAGAAAGUGUUGGAGAUUUAGUGGAAGUGAAAGAAACUGUUAGAGACACCAGCCAUGGUUUGCAGACUAACAGUGAUUUGACAGUAGGGAUAGAAAUGGCUGAAGACACUGUAGAUGAGACUGAAAAUGCACACACAACAGACUUUGAACUUUUAGAGGACAGACCUCAGUCUCAAAAGAAGGCUAACCAUAUAGCCGGUUCUGAGAAUGUAGGGGAGCAUGUAUUAAGCACGCAAUCAACAGGUACUAUUCAGGGUCAGAUUAGGAAGGAAUCGACAGUUGAAGAUGUUUCGUCAGGAGAUGGUUCAUAUCAUGUGAAUGUUAAAGCAGGGUUUACUAAUACUCCAAGUCCUGAUUUUGUUAAGUUGAUUUCUAGCAGGUCCAGAGAUUCGAGUCGUGUUCCGGAUCGUGAUGUGGUAAAGAAGAAGAAGGCUUCAAAGGGAAAGGGUAAAAAGAGGAGGAAGGGUCGAAGGCGGGGUAAGGCCACGGGUCCUAAGGUUAAAGAGGUGAGAGAGAGGCGUAGAGAAGGUUCUGGUACUGGAGGUGACAGGGCACACAAAGAAAAUGAUAUUGACCAAGAUACAAAUGGUGCUUCGAGUGAGAUUUGAAAGGUUGGAGUUGGAUGAGCAACGGUGCAAAAUUGAAUGUGUAGCUUGAGUUAUCUAAUAUUUAUCAUGUUUGUAGGGCAUUAUAAAUAUGCAACAGGAACGGGUAAAGAAAUUAUUUAAUAAGAAAGUGCUUUUGCUGACCACAUUUCUCUUUUCCUCACCCGUGGUGACUACUAACAGUGUAACCCUUUAAAACUACGUAAUAGUGUAGGUUUUUGCAUCAGCAUGGUCAGAUAGUCUUCUGACUAGGAGCAGGAUUGUCAACUUCUCUCAUUUAUUUUACGGAAGAAUUUCAGUCCUAGGAUAGCAAAUUCAUGUACUCUAUAGGCCUAUCAUAUAAUGGACUUUCUGACGAUGUGUAUUUACUUGUACACUAUAAUGUUAGAACAACUUUUUAGUUAGAACAACUUUUUUACUUUUGUACAAUCACACAUUUUCUUGAUGUUGUUGCAAUGUUCAAAACAGACUUUAUGGUAACUGUCAUGUGUUAAUCAGGGGGCUGAAUUAGAUUAGAUGUAUAUCGAACACACUAAGACCAAUUCUAGUCUUCGCACCAAAUAUUUGACAAGCCAUUGCGUUGUAGCGGUGGUGUACAUGUAUAUGCACUCCAAAACACUUAACUUUUAAUAUAAGCACAUGUGUUGAUAUAUGCACUUAUAGAGUUUAUGACGUUUUAAGAAUUGAGAAUAACAGAGAUGAUCAAACUGAAUAAAAUCAGAAGAAAAAGCAUACUGGUGUCUGAUGCUCUGCAGUGGACCAAUAUUUGUUGUCUUUCGGCUGUUUAAUAUGGCAAUUUAUGGCAAAGAGAGUUUAAAGUACGAUUCACACCCAAUUUUAGAAAGAAACAAGCCAAGUGAAUAAAUUUUGGAUGAACCUUGCACUAUAUAUGUCUCUGUGUAUCCCUUGUAUGAAUAAAU